AAUUGGUAAGAAGUAUUGAAACUAUUGAGUUCCACUUUUUUGACCCAAACAAACCAAAAAGUAUUUGCAGAAAGAGAAGUCUUCCACUCCCUCUUGCAAGUUUUAUUGUUCACAAGAGCACGCCAAAAAAACCAGAGUCUAAUUUCUUUGUUUCGUGUCUCUUUGUUUUUUAAGAUCCUGUUUAGGUAUUGAAGGAAAUUAUCUUCGUGUGCAGUGGUUCUAAGACGAAAAUAUCUGACAUUGAUUUCGUCAUGGGGUAUGAGAUUGUGAAUAAUGAAGGGUUAGGGCAGCAUCAUGAGGUUUCUUCUUUGCUUGAAUUUUCAGCUGCGGAUGAUUUGAUUAGUUUCAGAGAUGCAGUUGAAAAGGAGGGCUGUGAUGUUGAUGGGGUCGGUUUGUGGUACGGAAGGAGGGUUGGUUCGAAUAAAUUGGGUUAUGAAGAGAGGACACCUCUCAUGGUUGCUGCUAUCUUUGGAAGCUUGGGUGUAUCGGCUUAUAUUCUUGCAACAGGUUACGUUGAUGUUAAUCGGUCUAGUGGGUCAGAUGGUGCUACAGCUCUUCAUUGUGCUGUUGCUGGUGGUUCUGCUGCUUCUGUUGAGAUUAUCAAGCUUUUGCUUGAUGCAUCAGCGGAUGCGAGUGCGGUUGAUGUUAACGGUAACCGACCCGUUGAUUUGAUUGUCUCUGUGGCAAAUUCUAUCUUCAAUCCAAGGAAGAGGAUGCUACAAGCUCUUUUGGAGGGGAUCGGUGGUGCUGAUUGGACAUGUCUUACGUUUCCGGAGGAAAUUUCAUUUGGCCAUGUUGAUGAACAGCAACGGCAAGAUGUAAACAUGCCUCGUGUUUCGAAAGAUUAUCCUGUUGAUCUAUCUCUUCCGGACAUAAAUAAUGGGAUAUUUAGUACUGACGAAUUUAGGAUGUAUACAUUCAAAGUGAAGCCUUGUUCAAGGGCUUAUUCUCACGAUUGGACCGAGUGUCCCUUUGUUCAUCCAGGGGAAAAUGCAAGGCGACGCGAUCCAAAGAUGUAUAAUUAUACCUGUGUUCCUUGUCCUGAGUUUCGGAAAGGAUCGUGUAGCAAAGGGGAUUUGUGUGAGUAUGCUCAUGGUAUUUUCGAGUGCUGGCUUCAUCCUGCGCAGUAUCGAACACGUCUUUGCAAGGACGAGAGUUCGUGCACAAGGAGAGUUUGCUUCUUUGCUCACAAGCUUGAGGAGCUUCGCCCUUUGUAUGCUUCAACAGGUUCUGCUAUUCCAUCUCCUAGGUCAUAUUCCGGUAGUGCUUCUGCAUUGGAGAUGGGUUCGCUUAGCCCGAUUGCACUCGGCUCUCCAUCUGUCAUGAUACCACCAUCUUCGACAACGCCUUUGACUCCAUCUGGAGCAUCUUCUGCUGUUGCUGCUGCAUCCAUGUGGCAGACACAGUCCAAUGUUUCAGUCCCUACACUUCAGCUUCCAAAAAGCAGGUUUAACACUGCAAUAACUGCUGGAGAUUUUGAUUCAAGUAUGGCAAUGCUUCAGGUUGAAACUCAGCGACGCAGGCAGCAGCAGCUAAAGAUGGACGAGAUAUCUGGUCUUUCCUCUCCUUCCAACUGGAAAAAUUCCAUGCCUAACAGUCCUUCUUUUCAAGUUUCUUUGAGUGAUCAUACCGAAGACAUUUUCGGGUCUCAUGAUCCAUCGAUAUUGCAUAAUAAAUUCCAUGGUAUCUCACUUGAUGCUGCAGGACUACCUCAGUUACAAUCUCCAACAGGAAUCCAGAUGCACCCGAGUAUGAAUCAGCAGCAGCAAAACUAUUCUUCAUGCCAUUCGCCAACCUAUAGGUUUGAUCGAUCCGGUGAGGCAGCCGCAGCGGCUUUGAAUGCAAGAGCUGCUGCCUUUUCAAAGCGAAGCCAGAGCUUUAUCGAGCGCAGUGUGGCGAACCGUUAUUCCGAGCUUCUUUCUCCGCCCAAUCCUUACGCAUUUUCCAACUGGGGAUCACCAGAUGGAAAAUUGAAUUGGGCCAUACAUGGCGAAGAACUGAAUAAGCUGAGGAAAUCAUCUUCUUUUGGAUUUCGAAGCAGCAGUACUCCUUUAACUACGGCUGCCACUCAAGCACCGGAGAAUGACGAUGAACCAGAUGUAUCUUGGGUUAAUUCGCUUGUGAAGGACGUUACGCCGCAGGAAUCUGGUCAGUAUAAGGCUGAAUAUCAGCAAAGGAAACUGCAAUACAAUCUUAACAAUGGAACCAAUGCGAUUCCGGCUUGGUUGGAGCAAAUGUAUAUGGAGCAGGAGCAAAUGGUGCAUUGAAUGCAAUUUUAGAAGUCUCAGUGUAGCUCCUUACAACUCUGUCUACAGUUAAUUUAUUUGAUGAUAUUUUUUUAUAAAUUGUUUAUAGAAUUUAAUUAUUUAGAUGAUAAUUUGUAUACUUUAUGGGAAAAUAGUCCAUACAGAAGUUGUAGGCUGCAAAAGUUUCUGCUCCAUCAAUUAUCCAUUACUAGGGUAGUUGGUUCCAAUUUUUUUCUGAUUUUUUUUAUAUGGUCUAUUGAGUUGUAAUAUUUAACUUUACAUUGACCAAAUUACAAUGAUGUAGUGAGGUUAAUAUUCAAUAUAUUGAGGCUGAAGAGGUAAUAAAUAAUUUAUAUGUCAAUUCUCAA